AUGGAGCAGCCGAACAAUAAUCAAGAUCAGUCAGAACAACAAGAAGAGUUUGAUUUUUCUGAGUAUGAUACACUCGACAAUGUAAACCUGCAGAUUGUUGAUACUAGUAACAUCAAUGACUGCGGUUAUUCAUAUGCCAACCUUGGUUCUGACACACUCUAUAACUAUGGAUUGUCAAUUGGUGAAAGCAGUAAAUCUAAUGAAGCGGAAUUUGAAGAUGCAGAAAUCGACAAUUACUCAUCUGAUGACGAUGAUAUAGCGCAAAAUAUUGAUCUACUACGUGAACAAUCAGCUGCUGAUCAUGAUUACGUUUCCCCUGGUGGGUCAAUGUAUUGGACUCUAGAAGUAUCUGAUCAUAUUAAGCCAAAGAUUAAAUCAAUAUAUGAUUCAUAUGUUGAUGCUGUUAGAAUGUAUAGAAACUAUGCAUUAGAAGUAGGGAUGGCAAUGGGUACGGAAGCUGGAUUUGAUGUUAGACUUGGGACUCUUAGAACAUCAACGUUCCGUGUUAUCACGGAAAGACAUUUAUUGUGUAACCAUGAUAGCAAGCCUAACACUGGUAAAGUGGAUGCUUUGGACAUUCAACACAACAAGCCUAAAAGAAGAAAAGAUUCAUUCAGGGUGGAUUGCAAGGCAAAGAUUGUUUUAAAGAUAAUACCGGGCACUGUAAAGUAUGUUGUUCAUGAUUUUACUGAGAAGCAUUCUCACGCUUUGUUUAGUAAGGAAACUAUUCACCUAUCACGUGCCAAGAGAAAACUUGAUUACGCACAGGAAAGUUUUAUUCACAACAUGUCCAAACAAAACAUUGGUGCGACAAAAGCACAUAGAUUCUAUACUGGCAUAACUGGUUGUCAUUCUGAUCGAGGCUUGCUCUCUGACUUCAAAAAUAGUACAAGAAAUCUUAAUUGUUUCAUAGGUGGGCGAGAUUCCAAAUUUCUAGUUGACAAAAUGAACGAAAGGAAAAAAUAUGUCCCGAACUUUACUUUUGAGUACAGAGUUGUCGACAAGAAGCUAAAUUCACUUUUUUGGGCGGACGAGACAACUAAGUUUAACUAUAAUGCUUUUGGAGAUGUUGUAUCACUUGAUGCCACGUUCAAUACAAAUAGGUAUAAUAUGGCCUUCUUGAAGACAUUUACAAAACCACCUACAUUGAUGUUAUCAGAUCAGGAUCCAACAUUGUCCAAAGCUAUUAAAGAAUUUAUUCCGACAACACAACACAAACUUUGCAUGUGGCAUAUAACUAAAAAUUUACCAAAGAAGAUAUCAAUUGAAAUUUCUACCAAUCUAGAGUUCCGUAAUCGUUUCCAUGGCUUAAUAGGGAAUUCUAAAAUUGAACCACAAGCAUUUGAGGCUGGUUGGGAAUGUUUGUUGCGGGAUUUCAAUAUUACAAAAAACAAGUGGUUGAAUGCUAUGUACGGGUUGCGUAGAUUAUGGAUCCCAUCAUUUUUCAAGGACAUACCAAUGUCUGGUCUUAUGCGGACUAUGUCAUUUUCUGAAAGCCAAAACUGGUCAUUUCAAAACAACACCCUUUAUGGAUUGUAUUUUGUCAUUUUUAUGAUGUCUUUUGAGACUAAUUUGGAACGACAAAGACAUAAUCAAAUUUUCAAUGAUUUCAAGACUUCCAACACUUUUCCUAAAAUGAUCAAACAUCUUCCUUAUGAAGUUCAUGCAUCCAAAGUAUACACCCGUACCAUUUUUUACCAAGUUCAGGAAGAGAUUUUAAAAUAUGAGGAUACAUAUAUCCAAAAGUGUGUGUCAUGUGAAGAUGGUGUUGACACAUUUACUAUAUUGGAGAAAAAAACCAUUGUCACUAGACAAACUCAAAAGGAAAUAGGUGAUGAAACAGUGCAGGAAUAUCAUUACGAUAGAAUUCUCAAAGAAACUGAAUUCAAGGUUACACAUUCAACAUUAGAAGAUACCUUCGUGUGCAGUUGCAUGAAUUUUGAACAUUCGUGUUGA